AUGAUGGCCAUGAACGCCAAACAGCCUUUCGGCAUGCACCCGGUGCUUCAAGAACCCAAAUUCUCCAGCCUCCACUCCGGCUCUGAGGCCAUGCGCCGAGUCUGUCUCCCAGCCCCGCAGCUGCAGGGUAAUAUAUUUGGAAGCUUUGAUGAGAGCCUGCUGGCACGCGCCGAAGCUCUGGCGGCGGUGGAUAUCGUCUCCCACGGCAAGAACCAUCCGUUCAAGCCCGACGCCACCUACCAUACCAUGAGCAGCGUGCCCUGCACGUCCACUUCGUCCACCGUGCCCAUCUCCCACCCGGCCACCCUCACCUCGCAUCCGCACCACGCGGUGCACCAGGGCCUCGAGGGCGACCUGCUAGACCACAUCUCGCCCACGCUGAGCGUCAGCGGCUUGGGAGCCCCCGAGCACUCGGUGAUGCCGGCACAGAUCCACCCGCAUCACCUGGGUGCCAUGGGCCACCUGCAUCAGGCCAUGGGCAUGAGCCACCCACAUGCCGUGGCGCCUCAUAGCACCAUGCCCGCGUGCCUCAGCGACGUGGAGUCGGACCCGCGAGAGCUCGAGGCCUUCGCGGAGCGCUUCAAACAGCGGCGCAUCAAGCUGGGGGUGACCCAGGCGGACGUGGGUGCGGCUCUAGCCAACCUCAAGAUCCCCGGCGUCGGCUCGCUCAGCCAGAGCACCAUCUGCAGGUUUGAGUCUCUCACUCUUUCGCACAACAACAUGAUCGCCCUCAAGCCGGUGCUCCAGGCCUGGCUGGAGGAAGCCGAGGCCGCCUACCGAGAGAAAAACAGCAAGCCGGAGCUCUUCAACGGCAGUGAGAGGAAGCGCAAACGCACGUCUAUCGCGGCACCGGAGAAGCGCUCGCUGGAGGCCUACUUCGCUAUCCAGCCGCGGCCCUCAUCCGAAAAGAUCGCGGCCAUCGCCGAAAAACUGGACCUUAAAAAGAACGUGGUGAGGGUCUGGUUCUGUAACCAAAGACAGAAACAGAAACGAAUGAAGUACUCGGCUGUCCACUGA